CGAUCCCUCUACCAGAUCUAUCUAAGAUGUCAGUCGUGCAAGGUGUCAAGGGCGAAACGUCGCAGCAGGCAAGAUCUCUGUACCGUCAGUUAUUACGGCAGGGCGAUCAGUUCGCGGCAUACAACUUCAGAGAAUACGCGAAAAGGAGGACGCGCGAUGCGUUCAGAGAGCAUAAGGACGUUCAAGAUCCGAGAGAGAUUCAGCAAUUGAUACAGAAGGGGUUGAAGGAGCUCCAAAGCAUGAAGAGACAAACGGUUAUCAGCCAAUUCUUCCAGCUGGACCGAUUAGUGGUGGAAGGUGGCAAGUCGGGCAAGCAAGGAGGGCGGAGGAAUGAUAUAGUUCGGCAGAAGGAUACUGGAUGGGACUGA